CUCAAGGCUCUUACCCCGCCCCCUGGGCUCGCCGCCGACCGUGGGCGCCCUCCCGCGCUCACCGCCCACCAGAGCCACCGCGCGCCACGCCGCGCGCCAUGCCGCGCGCGCCGCUGCUGGCCGGGCUCGCGCUGCUCGCGUGGCUCGCGCUGCCCGCGGUGCUCGCGCCGCCCGCGGGGCGGGCCGCCGCGCGGAGGCUCCAGGAGGGGGCGGCCGCAGCGGCCCCGGAGGCGCAGCUCCACCCCGGGCGCGGGCAGGAAGCCGAGGCCCCCCAGCAGGACGACCGCGCCGACGAGAAUGCGGAGGGUCGCGUAGGCAGCAGCCACGGACACGGCGAGGAUGCGGUCGACCCCACCAGUUGUGCCAUCAUGUUUGUGUUCUUCGGCUGCCUGGUGAUGGGGGGGGCCGUGCACAGCAUCAUGAACUGGUACGACCCCGACAUUCGCAUGGCCGCACACCGCAUGCUCUCCGUGAGCGUGUCGAUUUUUUGCGCCAUGAGUUUAUUCAAGAUGAUCGAGGGAUUCGUCUUCAUACAACUAAUUCCGAGUGAUCCUCCCAGGGGUCUGGGCAUCAAGGAUCUGAGCCACGAGGCGCACCUUGGCAUCGAACUUGUAAUGUUUUGUUUCUUUCUGGCCGCCAUUUCGUGGUGCUGUCGUUGCACCUGCAAAGCGGAGCUCGGAACCUGGUUCAAUGUGUCGAAGCUCAUAGUGCCGCAUAUUGCUGGCUUUUGUGGCUUUGCACUGAGCGGUGACUUCAUUGAAGUGAUGAUCUACAAACUCGGUGACAACCUCUCCUACGAAUAUGUGCUCGUCGUUUCAAUUCUCGGUCUGGUGAUCUUCAUCCGGCUGCUUUGCUGGGCGAUGCAUAUUUGGCGUAGGCGCCCGCACUAUCAGAGCAUGGUCGACGGCGAGAACCCCUGGGGAGGCGAGGCUCCCCAGAUCACGCAAGCACAAGGGAAGCGCGAUGCAGAUCGAGCCCUCGAGCAAUGCACCGAGGCGAUCGAGGAGGGCGAGGACGAGGUCACUGCUUUCGUCUUGAGCGGUGCCCUUUAUGGCUUCGUUCGCUACCUGAUCCUCAGCAGGCCCGGCGUCGGGUGCGGCGAGCACGCCGCGGCCUUUCAGAUUGUCCCGGGGAAGUUUCCAGAGACGUGUGUCCCUCAUGCACUUGUGAGCGCUUGGAUCUACUAUUCCUGGCCAGCAGUGGCUGCCCUAGUCUUCACGACUUGCCCCUGCUGGGGCACAGAGCGUGGUCUCUUGCACCGGGUGGCAAGAUUCUUGAGCGUGUCCUCGGGACUGCUCAUUUGCAGAUUGAUUCUGGCGCUCGUAGUUCAGUGGUUCUUCUGGCGAACAGAUUCGAAAGUUACGGUCUACAUGGGCGCAGCCUUGUUCACAACAACAUUGGCUGUUGUUCUGACAUUCUUGUUCGACUUUCUAGCAGAUCUCAUCGAGAGCAAGGGGAUCCAGUCCACCGCUCCGAGUAGGAGCACCGCAGGCGAGAGUGCCUCCGAUGCUGAAGCAAAGCAGCCUCUCAGCUCCACCAGCGCCGUGAGGAGAAAGCUCAGCAGGAUGGCGACAGGGCUGGCGACAGGGCGUGACGACGUGGGCCAAUACCUCGCAGCCUCCACGCGGUCGUUGAUGAGUGUCUUUGGCCUGCUCGUUGGCCUGAGUUGGGAGGGGGUGUUCGAGGCGGGCGAGGACGUCAUGGUGGAGUUCGUCAACCAUGAAAUGGUUCGACGGGCCUGGUGGCACCACCCCCAUGCGGUGCUGCUCGAGAUGGCUUUCACCGUUGCGGUCCUCGCUUGCGUUGUCCCAGGGUGGGCCAAGCACCUUGUUCCUGCCGCCGAGAAGGAUCGGGCGUACCACCAGGGGUGCAUCGAGAGGGAGGCCGAGAGCAGGUCGUUGGACAUGUUCACCCCCAGCGUCCUGCGCAGGCUAGCGCUCUCGUGCAUCGCUAGGCUGCCUACCGCCCAGCAGCCAUGCUGAAGAGGCCGUGCCCGCGGCCCCACGACAGGUCCGACCUGCCUUAAUUAACCAAGCCCAUUUUUCGGCGCGGUGCAGCGCUUCAUGCGCCCCGGCUCUCGCCGCGCUCGGACUCUCCGCGGCGGCGGCGCUGGUGCAAGCGCGCCUCUCGCGCGCUGCGCCGCUCCCUACAGGACAUCUGCUCGCGGCCGCGCAUGUGCGCGUACACAAGCGGAGGUGCGCUGCUCGUUGGGGCUUCCAUUGGUUCAGGCUCGCCCACUGGAGGGUUCCUCCUCUCUCGUCCUCCUCCUCCUCUGCCUCCUCCCCCUCCCCUCCUCGUGUUGCCUACGGCCCUAGGAGAAAGCGUCUAUCGCCCACAAGCGGCUUUGCACCAUGCCUGACUUGGUGACUGUGACGGUGCCUUGAUGUCGUCGGCGUGGGUGGCGUUGGCGAUGGCGGUGACAACGGUGACUUGCCAAAGUGCGUGUGUCCCGGGCAGGUUGCGCACUGAGCGGGCUGCACAAGACAGCGCCCCAGACCGCGUGAUGUCGCGCUUGUAGCCUGGAGCCGCAGACGAGAUGUCGGUGUCAGGCCAUGGGUCCUUCCGAGCAUGCAUUCGCAGUUUGUUCGGUUCCUGCGAUCUGGCUCCCUUCAUCCCCCUCCCCCUCCUCCUUUUCCCCCCCCUUCUCCUCCCCCUCCUCCUGCUCCCCCUCCCCGUCGUUGGAAUGCUUGCAGCCAGGUCGUCGGAAACACCAUACUUGCUGGUCCUUCCAUGGGCUUAAGCCGUCAAGAGAAAGUGAUUUCGCUUUAUGCUGCUUGACAGGUUGCGAGCAGUUUUCUUGAAUUCGGAGCAUGUCGGCUGUACAUGGCCGCAGCUCGUCAGACCUCAGAACCCAGGCUCGUGGCCUAGCAACGCACAGGACGUGUCGUUGGCAGGUCGAUGAUCGUUCCAACAACAAAACAAAAGACGGCCCAGAUGGCCCGGGCCUCCCCCCUCCGUCCCUCCUUCCCUCC